AUGCCUAUUCGUAAAUAUGGCAAUGUGGCCGAAGGAAAGUCAGCGGUUCAGUCUUCAACAUUCCCGCCUUGGUCGGGAAUAUACCAGGCUUUUCAGGCAGUGGAUGGCAGCAGGUAUCCUGUUGCUGUCAAACCCGACGAUUCUUGUUCAUGUACGGCGUCCGUGGCCUUGGAGUGGUGGCAGGUUGAUCUACUGGAAAAAUAUCUUGUCACAGAUGUAGCUGUACUCCAAAGGGAAGAUGACCCAUCAGGAGGUACUAAUCUGACAAAUGUCAGUAUCAGCGUUGCCCAGGUCUCUGGUGGUCCCUUCACCGAAUGUUACAACACAGGACCGACAUUGAGCACCACGAGGUUCGAAACAUUCAAGUGCCAGAUCCCUGUUUAUGGACGCUAUGUAAAAAUCAUGAAACUUGUCAAAGUGAACUUUUGUAUGUGUGAGGUUGAAAUAUACGUUUUAGCGUAAUUUCAGUGACAAUAGAAUCUAAACACCACCUUCAAGGACUUUGAUAAUGAUGAAGUGAUACUAGUACAACCAAGUAUCUGCAGGAAUUCCCAAAUGACAUACAUGUAUAUUUGUCACUAACAGAUAUAUGACAGCUAGCCAUUGUUUUGAGUGAUUUGUGUCCAAAGCGUCAAUAGUUAAUUGACGUUAUGUAUGUUUACAUAUAUAUCUUUUAAUUGACCAAACAGUAAGUUGUCACGUGCUACGAUUACUGCUAUAAAGUACCAGGCUGAGAAUCUAAAUAUCAUCUCAGGAUUAAC